CGCGGCAUCGAACCAGUUUCGCGGCCGACCGGUCCUGGCCGGGAGGGCAGUCAGAAGCCGCGAUGAAGCCGACGCUGCUGCUGCUGCGGCUGCUCGCCACGAUGGUGCUGGUUGUUGGCAACCCUGGAGGAAGGGAGGUCCUCCGAGGCCCCACGAGGCCUGUGGUCAAGAACUACUUCACAACUGACAGGACAAAAGUGGUGCUGACGUGUGAGCCGGAGCGGUUCUUGGUGCGCAUCAACUUCACGCAGCCCUUCCGGGGCGUGGUGCACGCUGGCGACAAGCGCGACAACUGCCGCAUCCGGGGAGACGGCUCGCGGCUUUACACGCUCCCUGUGCCCCUCAACGACUGCAGCACAAUGCACAACGACGCGACGGGAAGCUUCACGAACAGCCUAACAAUCCGGUUUCAUCCGUCGUUGGAGCUCGAAGGGGACGAGAUUAAGACUCUUGUCUGCAAAUUCACCACAGGCGACGUGAACCUGGGAUGACGGCCAACGUGGGCAGGGAGGUGACUGUAUUUGGAGCACGCGAAUACCCGGCACAAGACCCCGGAGUUAACAUGGAUCAGGACGGUCAAGAGUGUCUGCCAUGUACGGACACGAGGACAGCUAUCGGGACUCAUCGCCAUAGUUUUCCUCUUCGGGCCCUAAGCCUGUUGGCCAACCGCAGCGUUGCCUGACCAGCACAAUCGAAUGUUGUCCCCAUUUACAGGAGGGCACUUUUGUUUGCUUUCAAAACGAAUAACAUUCCCUACAUUGGGCGGCUUGUCUUAUCUAAUUGUCUCACAGCACGCGAGGAGUACGCUCAAGUGGUGAGGGUACUGAUGGGGCCGAGCCAGCGCAGUGAAAAUAGUUGGUCCGCUUUUCCUUUCUUAGCUUGCGGUGGCUGGUCGAAAAUCGCGGCGGCGUGCAACGGAAGGUUAAGAAUGCCGCUAAAACGGAUCCUCAGCAAAGAAGAGUUGGCAGAUUGAUGCACUAUACCUGCCGAAAGGGCUCGAUAAAUUAAUACUGCCAUGCAAAAAGUUUAUUAUGCGCAAAUAAAUCCAUGCUCUCCGGCAGGUGCGAAUAGCCAAUGGAGUUAUCGGCAGGCAGCCACCUUCUAUUUCUUUCGGAACGGAGCAGUCUCAGGCUAUUCAGGGGCCAUAUAAUGUAAAACUAUUCCAAUAUGUUUUUAUUACAAUCUUCUGAUGUCAAAUUUACGUAACCGCCGACGCAAGCAUCGGGCGGUCACCCGCAGAGUUGUCUCAACAGACCAAUCAAACGCUCUGCUCAUUUAUAGGCGGUCACUUUUGUUUGCUUGAAAAACUAAUAACAUUGCCUACACAGAGCGGCUUGUCUUAUCUAAUUGGCUCACAAGAGGUGAGGAGCACGGUCAAGUGGAGAGCGAUUCGAUGGGGCCGAGCCACUGCACUGAAAAUCGAUAAUCCGAUGAGAAGGGUGGUGCUGGCGUCUGUGAUUGGUCCGCGUUGCCUUACUUAGCUUACGGUGGCUCGUCGACACUCGCGGCAUCAUGUAACGGAAGCUUAAGAAUGACGCUAAAACGGAACCUCAGCAAAGAAGAGUUGGCAGAACGAAGUUGUAAACGUGCCGAAAGAGCUCGAAAACGUUACACGGCCACGCAAAAAGUUUAACUACACACAAAUAAACCCAUGCUCUCCGGCAAGUGUGAGUAGCCAGUGAAUGAGCGAUCGGCGGCAGCCAUCUUUUAUUCCUUUCGGAACGGGGCAGCCUUCGGCUGUUCAGAAGAAAAUUCAGUUUUGUUCGGCAUAUUAAUGCAUCUAUAACCUGUACACGUCACUUUGACGCUGUGAGUUUUUGCGGUUUUGUGACGUCGCGUGACAGGCCGGUGAACUGGGUGCAGCCUGAAAACUUUUGGCCAAUAGCCGAGGGCUAAUGGCGAAAAGCCGUCGUAUCAGAAAUUAUUGUUUUUCGUUUCUUCGGCCAAAUCAUACCUAAUCAGUGUGUACAAAACACAUCAGAUAGGGAACUAUCGCGGUUUUCGUGACGUCGCGUGAAAGACAGGUGAAGUGAGGGUGGUCCAAAAUGUUUUUCAGCAAUCGCGAAGUUUUACGUUAUAGCCUCCGAGAAAAAGAAACAGUUUUUCGGGCAUAAUAAUGCACCUUUAACGCGUACGCGUCCCUUUGACGCGGUGAGUUUUUGCGGUUUAUGACGUCGGGAGACAAACAGGGGAAGUGGGUGCAGCCCUAAAACUCUUGACGAAUAGCAGAGGGCUAAUGGCGAAAAGUCAUCGAAUCAGAAAUAAUCAUUUUUCUUUUGUUCUGUCGAAUCAUGCAUAAUCAGUGUGUUCACAUCACAUCAGAUGGGGAGCUAUCGCGGUUUUCGUGACGUCACGUGACAGGCGAAGUGGGGGUGGUCCGAAAAUGUUUUUGACCAAUCGCAGAGGGCUGAUUGCAGAAUUGGAAUAGAAAAGUUUGGAAUAGCUUUACGUUUUGGCACCCUAGUUCAGGCGCCUGAAAAAAAAUUAUUUCACGCACCGUAAGAUUUACAUUGAAGUUUUAUAAAUAGCCACGGGAUUUUGCUGAAAAAUAUAGUGAAUGAAUUUUGCACAUUGUCCGUACGUGUACGUGUACAUGCUUGUUUUUGCAUCAUGAGAUACAAAAUGAGAUGUAGGAAAAACCCGUGGAAGGCGGGAGAUCAAAAUUCAACAUGAUGAGCAAAAGGAGGACAAGGUGAAAGCGGGAGCCAACGUUUCGACAAGUGGACUUGUCAUGUCGCCUUGAAAAAGACAAGUCCACUAGUCGAAACGUUGGCUCCCGCUUUUUUAUCGUUUCGCUCAUAAAAUGACAUGCAGCAACAUGGCGGCGCCUUUGCGGCUGCCAGUUUAUUUCGUCGAGCUUUUUCUUUAGAAUUAGUAUACUAACUCUAGGCAGCCUCCGAGACUUAGGAUGUGAUGAUCCUUUAUCAAAGACAUCAUGUUUCAUGCUCCGCCUCUAUCGAUGCACACCUGUACACAAUUUCGUUACGGGCAACAGCAAAAAAGCAACAGAUAAGCAAACAUAUGAAACGCAAGCAGUAAUAAAAAGGGAUAGACACAAGCAUAUAAACCUGGUUAUGAAUGUACGCAAAAAAAAUGUAUUCAGCUUUUGAACAAAUAUCAUGUCUUAUGGCAGAUACAGCAUCGUGCAAGUUAUUGCAAUGACGAAGGGCUAAGGGAAGAUAGGAGAGUAAUUGAGAAGUACGCGGGAACAUAAGUAAGCUCUUUAAGACAGCUGAUCUUAGUGAGAAAAAAAAAUAAUACGAUGGGUGGACUCUAUAUGUAAGACAAUGCGAAUGACGCGUGACUGUGAUAAAAAAAGUGCGAGUGCCAACAGUCUUCGCUGCCUGAGUGAUGGAAGAUUAAGUAAUGCUGACUUUAUUCCUUACUCUAAAUCCGGCACUUUUAUUUCAAUAGCCUGACCCAAAAAUUAAGUACAUUCGAUUAUGGUUCUGUAUAACUGAGGCAUAUUCUAUGUGAGAACGAACAAGAGAAUGUGUUCAGCUCAUUCUGCUGUGACAUGUGAUUACUGUAUGCAGUAACUCUAGCUGUGGCACCUAGUGAAUGAAGUGCUUUGAAUAUUUUGUAGUUAUGGCGUCCAUAUCCCUAUUUCCUGUUAGGUCUCCAGAUAGUUGCAUGCCUAAGGUCUUAAUUGAAAAAACGCAUUCAAUAGGUGUAUUAUGCAAGCACUGUGCAGGAUAUUAGGGAUAAUCGUAAUUGGCAGCACUGUUGUUUUACAAGCUUAUAUUUUCGUUUGCUAUAGGUCACACCAACCGGCGAUUUUGUUGAGGUGUCUUUGCAAACAAUGUAACCCGCCGCGGAGGCUUAGCGGCUAUGGUGUUGCGCUACUAAGCACGACAUCACGUGACGAAAUCCCGGCCGCAGAGGCCGGAUUUCGAUGGCUAUGAAUGCAAAAAACGCCUGUGUCCCGUGAACUUGGGACACGUUAAAUAUACUCUAGUGGUCAAAAUUAAUCCGCAGUGCCUCAUAAUCAAAUCGUGGUUUUGGCACGUAAAACCCCAGAAUUCAAUUCAAACAAUGUUCUCGUCAUGGUUAGAAAUGUGUCUGUAGAUCGCACAAUCGUCAGCAAAUAAGAGAGUUGAUGAUGCAAGGUUCUUACUUUCGUCGUUGGUGUAGGCGGAAGCAAUGUCGGUCGCUGAACGGAGCCUUGCGGUACAGUUAUAGAGAGCAGUAUUCAUUGACAGGAAGAAAUUCAGAAGGUUCAGUCACCACCUAGUGAUCCAGUCGCUGAUGUUUGCUUAUUAUCGAACAAGUGUAAGUGACUAUGUCAAGUGCUGUCAAGUCAUGGGGAGCCACGUCCUUGUCAUUCACUUUGCUGGCUUAUUCGUCGUGCCUUCCCUUGAAAGCCACGUCUGUUUUCUCGUCUGUCUUCGUCUAAACGUCGUUCUUCUCGUGCACAUGAAGAGGCGUUUUUCUUGAAGUUUGUGUAUUUAGCAGCAGUAUAAAUAAACCACACUUGGCAUGCGCCA